AUGGAAAUAACGAAGUUAAAGCGCGGUCUCACUCUUGCUGUUGCACUGAAUCGUCUGAACAUCGCUUGCACCGUCUACGAGGCCCGUUCAAAGGAGUUUGAAACAAGGCGUAUCGGCAUCUAUGAGCGCAUCCGCGACAAGUCGUUGCAGCUCGACGUGCUUACCUCCAAGGAUGGUAAGGAUCAGACCACCGAUGAGUACUACUUUGGUUCGGAAAAGCUCUACGGCUACAAUGCCAUCCGUAUCAUGCGCAAGGAGCUUCUGGACGAGACGAGGAUCGUUCUGCGAGAGCGAGACAUCCCAAUCCAGUACGACUAUGGACAAGUCGCCUAUGCCACUCUCAUCAUUGGGGUGGACGGCAUAUACUCCACCGUGUGCGGCACCUUCUUCUUACCUCAGGUAAAGCCAAUGUAUGCCGGCUUCAUGGGUAUCGGCAGCGUCGUCAAGAGGUCUCAGCUUCUGGUUCCCGAGGGCUACAAGCUCCCCACGACGAAGCCCGAUGGGUCUCAGGCCUUCAUCGGAUCAAAGCGACGGUUCGCAGAGCUGGACUCAGCAGGCUGGGAGGGGCUGCGGAAAGAUAAGAAGAAGUUGUUCUACAUGCUCCAAGAGAACAAAUCCGACUGGCCGGAUGUGGUGCAGCCGGCCCUUGAGGCUACGCCGGUCGAACGGAUGGUGUUCUGGGCGUUCUAUAGAGUCAUCCUAGUUGGCGAUGCAGCCCACGCCAUCCCGCCGACAGCAGGUCAAAGAGCCGACCAAGCCUUUGAAGACGUGCGAGCAUUCGCCACUCUCCUCUCGAAGCUCUCGCCGGAGGUGCUGCUGGACAAGUCCAUUGCCAAGUGGCAGGCCUACCGCCAGGAGCGCGUCAAGAAGGUCCUCGGCUUGACGAUGCAGAUGAACGCGAAGCGGCUGCCGGAAUCCGAUCGAGCCAAGAUGCCGCCGGGUGCGAUCUGGAGCGACCACUCUCUUACACGUGGUGAUGGUUGGGAGCUGCGCUGGCUGUGUGAUCCGGACCUGACGCAGGAGGCUGAAAAGUGGGUGGAAGAGAUCAAGCCGGCUCCUCAGCCAUGA